AUGAAAACGCAGAUGUCGGCGGCGCGUGGGCGCGUGUUACCAUUUGCAGAGAAGGAGAGAAGUGAAGAAGAGAGCGGAACACUGGAAUCCAGUCUCCUGCAACUAAUCGAUGACAACCGUCGAUCGUCGUUACAGCUCCGGGAAAAGACCGAGAGAUCGAGGAAAGAGGCAAUCAGACACGCGGCGAGAACGGCGGAUCUGCUUGUGAAGGCGGUGAACGGAGGAGUUGAGGAAUGUUUCGUUAACGAGAAACGGAUCGAGACGGAGAUAAGGAAUCUGGCGGUUACGGUGGCGCGAUUCGGCAAACAGACGGAUCAAUGGCUUGCUGCAACUCACUCCGUUAAUAGCGCCGUUAAGGAAAUAGGAGAUUUUGAGAAUUGGAUGAAGACGAUGGAGUUUGAUUGCAAGAAAAUCACAGCUGCAAUUCGCAACAUUCACGAAGAACACUAA